CUCCCUUUCAACAAGGAAGACAGCUCUGUCAUAUAUAUUUCACAAACACUUGUGGAAAUCUUUGGAAUCUUCACCCACGAGCGGGAGAACACUUCAUCAUGUGCAGAGGACGCGAAUUACUGCCCAUCACCUGCCUGGAGAGGGCAAAAGAGCUGAAAGCUUUGUUUGGAAGUUUACUACAGAAGUCAGAUCACACCAUCACUGGGCAGCUAAAGAAAAAUGACAAACUGAGGUUAAAUGUCAAUGAGCCUCUGAAAUGGAAGGAGUCGUUUGAGAAACUAAUCUGCAGCCAAAAUGGACUGUGCCUGUUCAGAGCCUUCCUCGUCUCAGAGUUCAGUGAGGAAAACAUUGCCUUCUACUUGGCUUGUGAGGACUACCGGGCAACAAAACCCUCAAAACUGGCCACUAAGGCUAAGAAAAUCUACGACGAGUUUAUCGAAUGUGAUGCACCACAUGAGGUAAAUCUGGACCAUGUGACCAAAGCCAUCACAAAGGAGAACAUGGAACAUCCCAGCCUGUCCUGUUUUGCCCUGGCCCAGGCCAAAAUCUACACCCUGAUGGAAAAGGACUGCUACCCUCGCUUCCUCAGGUCUUCCACAUACCUGGAGCUCAGCAGAAAGAGCAAGACUGGCUAAGAGACUUUGCCUACUGAAAACUUUCGUGCAAUCAUCAGACAUGAUGUGAAAACUCCGCAAAGCAACAUAAGCUCACUGACGCUCAGCAGAGACUGGAAAGGUUCAGAUGGAACAAAUACCUCAGUCCAAGGAGUUUCAAGCCGUUUUCGUGCAGAGUUAUUUCGAAAAUCGGAGGUUCCACACAGAUCAGAGUUGGAGCUGGAAGCUAAAGAACAAUGUGGCUGUGAGAAGAGACUGACACAGACUGAGCCGCAGGCUGCAUGAAGAGCAGCCACAGUGGCAUUAAGUAUGAAAUGCAGAGAGAUAGAAAAGAUUUUCCCACAAUCAGGCAACAAAACAACUGCUGGGAGAGAUGUUUGGUCUUCUCUGUAGCACUAAUGUUUAUUUAUUCUUUAUUUAUAAUAAGUUAAUUUUUAUUAUGUGAAUGUUUGCCGUGCAAUUGGUUGGUGAAAACUGAUUUGUAUUUUCUAUGAUUUUUAUUUGA